GCGGGGAGGUGGGACCGGGAGAGGGGUGGCCGUGGGGCCCGGCCGGGCUGGGGCGGGGGGCCGCAGCCAUGAUCCGGGCCUUCUCGUUCCCGGUGAGCCCCGAACGGGGCCGGCUGCGGGGCUGGCUGGAGGGCAGCCUGGCCGGGCUCUGCGAGUUGCAUUGGCUCCGAGAGAGGCAGGAGUACCGCGUGCAGCAGGCGCUGCGGCUGGCCCAGCCCGGAAUGGGGGGCCCUGAGGCCGAGGACGAGGAGGACGCCGACGAGGACGAAGAUGCGGCGGCGGCGCGCCGGGCCGCAGCGGCCCUAGAGGAGCAGCUGGAGGCCUUGCCUGGACUCAUCUGGGACCUGGGCCAACAGCUGGGAGACCUGAGCCUGGAGUCUGGGGGCCUGGAACAGGAGAGCGGGCGCAGCUCAGGCUUCUAUGAAGACCCCAGUUCCACAGGAGGUCCAGACUCACCACCCUCAACCUUCUGCGGGGACAGUGGCUUCUCUGGAUCUGGCUCCUAUGGACGCCUGGGUCCCUCUGAACCCCGAGGCAUCUAUGCUAGCGAGAGGCCCAAGUCCCUAGGAGACGCCAGUCCCAGCGCUCCCGAGUCGGUGGGCGCGCGGGCCGCGGUGCCGCGGUCCUUCUCUGCGCCCUACCCGACGGCGGGGUCCGCGGGGCCGGAAGCCUGCUCCUCUGCGGAGCGCCGCGCCCGCGCGGGGCCCUUUCUGACGCCCAGUCCCCUGCACGCCGUGGCGCUGCGCAGCCCGCGGCCCUGCAGCCGUGCUCCUGCCAACUCGCCGGACCCGGUGGGCACCGGGCGGCCCCUGGACGGCUACAUCUCGGCGCUCCUGCGCAGGCGCCGCCGCCGGGGGGCGGGCCAGCCCCGGACGAGUCCCGGGGGCGCGGACGGGGGUCCGCGGCGCCAGAACAGCGUGCGCCAGCGGCCGCCCGACGCGUCCCCGCCCCCCGGGGGCGCGCGGCCCGCAAGGGAGCCCUCGGUGGAGCGCGUCGGGGGCCGCGGCACCAGCCCCGCCGCCUUGAGUCGCGCCUGGGCUUCGCAGUGGGAGGCGGACGUGGCGCCCGAGCCCGCAGCGCCGCCGGCCGCCGCCUCGCCCCCCGACAGCCCGGCCGAGGGCCGCCUGGUGAAGGCGCAGUACAUCCCGGGCGCGCAGGCAGCCACCCGCGGCCUCCCUGGCCGCGCGGCGCGCCGCAAGCCGCCGCCGUUGACCCGCGGCCGUAGCGUGGAGCAGUCCCCGCCCCGGGAGCGCCCUCGGGCCGCGGGCCGCCGCGGACGUGUGGCCGAGGCCUCGGGUCGCCGGGGCUCACCCAGGGCGCGCAAGGCCGCGCGCUCCCAGUCCGAGACCAGCCUGCUGGGCCGCGCCGCCGCCGCGCCGCCGGGCGCCCCCAAGUACCCCACGGCCGAGCGGGAGGAGCCCCGGCCGCCCAGGCCCCGCGGUGGCCGCGCGCCCACGCUCGCGGCCCAGGCCGCCGGCUCCUGCCGCCGCUGGCGCUCCACGGCCGAGAUCGACGCCGCCGACGGGCGCCGCGGGCGGCCCCGCGCCCCUGCAGCCCGCGGCCCCGGGCCAGGCCCGUCCCCGUCGGUCCCCCAGCGCCGUCUGCUCUAUGGCUGCGCGGGCAGCGACUCGGAGUGCUCGGCCGGGCGCCUGGGCCCGCUCGCUCGCCGCGGGCCUCCGGGCGGCGUGGGCGGCGGCUACGGGGAGAGCGAGUCCAGCGCCAGCGAGGGCGAGUCGCCUGCCUUCAGCUCUGCCUCCAGCGACUCAGAGGGCAGCGGUGGCCUCGUGUGGCCGCAGCAGCUAGUGGCCGCCACCGCCGCCGCAGGGCCAGUCGGGGGUGCAGGUGGAGGGGCGCCCACGGGCCCCGCCAAAGUCUUCGUGAAGAUCAAGGCCUCCCACGCUCUGAAGAAGAAGAUACUGCGUUUCCGUUCGGGUUCUCUCAAGGUCAUGACAACGGUGUGAGUUUGGGGAUCUGCUUGGGCUCCCCCUUUAUGGCCUCUGCACCUCCACACUCCUGAUCACUGGCCCUUCCAUGCCCACCUUCCAAAGACCACCAUUCUCUGUUUCCAAAGACCCUCUUCACUCCCUUCCAUGCGUAGUAGCAGUCUUGGUUAGAAAGGCUCCCCUCCCCGCCAGGGAGGAAUGAGGGGAGGACCCUGAUCCAUCCAUUCAGCCUUUGGCUUCCAAGCCCAGGAGCAAGAAAGUUCCCCUUUCGUGGGCUUCACUUUCCUCAUCUGUGCAAUGGGUGUCCCUGUUUGCAAGAGGGGUGAUUCUGUUUGAAUUUCCCCUUUUAGUGUAGAAGUAUAGUCUGUUCCCUUCACUUCUCUCCCUGAACACUCUCAUUUCUUUCUGUGCCCAGAUUUGUCCCCCUCUCAUUCACAAAGUGCCCCCUUCAUGUCCCUGGAUCCUUAGGCUGUCCCCUUGGCACCCAGGUCAGAGACACUGUGUCUGACUCAGGUGGUGCCUGCAGAGUGCCCUGGGAAGGGAAGGAGCACUGACUUCGGGGUUUUGAGGGUCAAGUAGGAGUUGGCGACACCUGGGAAGGACUCUUUCACCUCUAUUCCUGGACAGUUAUGGAGGAUUGGGAGGUAAAGAGGGGAAGGAAGAUGGUUUCUAUCUCAUGCCUCCACUGUGAGGGAGAGUGGGGGAAGCUGGAUGACCCUCAGCUGUUCCAGUUUUUUUUUUCUUUUUUAAAAAAUUAGUGUAUUUAUUAUGACGAUGGUGACUCCCCCGUGCACAGGGGGGCCAGAUUCUGUGUGUUUCUCUAACCUCUUUGUAAAUAAAUGCACAAUGUUACAUA